CACUCAUACCAGUCUAUAGUAUACUCUGCCUGAACUGCCAUUACUGAGAAAUAUCUCAUCAUUGUCCACUUUGAUUGACUUUCCUUAGUUUCCUUCACAUUUGAGAAAUACCCAUUUGCCUGAAGAGAAAAGGCACAGAGGCCAACAGAUAGCAAGCUACAGCAAUGGGUUCUGGAGAUUGGUUGAAGAAUAUAAUCAGUAAAAAGAAAGUGAAAGACAAAAGAUCCAAAAAACUGAAGGAACCGGCAUCUAAAAAGUCAAAAGAGCAAGAAGGGGAAUACCAAGCCAUUAAAGAAACUUCUAGAUUAGCAAAUGAUAUUUCCAUUAAGAAUGAAAGGGUUCCUUGUAUACCCACUGAGGAUGUAGCAGCAAUCAGGAUUCAGACAGCAUUCCGUGGAUUCAUGGCAAGGAAAAAGUUCCGUUAUUCGAAAGGCGUACUAAGGUUGCAGGCUUUGUUACAAGGUCACUCUGUCAAAAAGCAAGCAUCAUCUACGUUAAGCUACCUACAUUCCUGGAGCAAAAUGCAGGCACAUAUUAGAGCUCGCCGAAUUUGUAUGGUGACUGAAGGUCGCCUCAGGCAGAAGAAGUUGGAGAAUCAAUUAAAGCUUGAGGCAAAGCUUCAUGACCUAGAGGUGGAGUGGAAUGGUGGCUCUGAAACAAUGGAAGAAGUCAUGGCAAGGAUACAUCAGAGAGAAGAAGCUGCAGGCAAGCGAGAGCGAGCUAUGGCAUACGCUUUCUCUCAUCAGUGGAGGGCCAACACUAACCCAAAUUUUGGAUGGGGGAGCACUGAGCUUGGCAAAACCAACUGGGGCUGGAGCUGGAUGGAUCGCUGGAUAGCUGCUAGGCCAUGGGAAUGCCGUGUUGCAGUUCAGUCAAGUCCAAAGAAAUCAAAUGGUAAGAAAACCGGCAAGACAGGGAAAAACAUCAACACACCAACUACAAAAACGCCUGUUACAGUUAAAACAAUUUCGCCUAACGGGAAGGGUGCUGUAAAAGCCCGAAGGUUGUCUUUCGAAGCGGCUGACAAGAUAGUUACUCCAAAAGGGACCAGCAAAGCUGAAGAGGCAGGCAUUACAUCUUAGGAAAAAUGAUGGUAUGCAUUGAAUGGAAGUUUAAAUAUGCAAAGCAAUUCAUUUAGUGAUGUAAAGAAACGAUGAGGAGGCUAGGCUAGGUCAUCUGCUGGUUUCGUGGUUGCGUGCAUUUGAGUUGUGAGAGGAUUGAGAUGGACCUGGUGAUCAUUCUUUCUUGUUUGCCUUUCUAAUUUUUUUUUUCAUGCAAGCAUGUGUAUAUUUGGAGAACUAAAUUAUCAUGAAUUUUACUUGUACAUAGAUGAAGUUCUUUUCAUCUUGUUUGAAAAAUGAAAUGGGGUUGGAGGCAGGUAUGUGCUGUGAUCAAACACUUGUACAUUCUUUAUCUGAUUCUAUUUGUAAUAUUGAGCUUUUUU